UUCUCAAUUAUUAAGCCUCAGGCACCAAUACCCCACUAGCGUCGCCAAAAAAUUCACACAGCAGCCCUAACAAGCAACAGCAAUCCCAAAACCACAAAUUUCUUUCAACUUUCCUCUUCUCUCUUUGGACGACCAGCCAAUUUUCUCCCACCUCAUCGUCUCUCCACCAACAUCCCGCCUCUCUGCUUUUUUCUCCCUCCGCACACAACACAUACAAUUAAUAUGGGUGUCCCAUUUGAUUAUGCGCCAGAUAGGCCUGAACAUAUCGAUGCUAUCCUCAACGGACUGGAUCGUUACAAUCCCGAAACGACCAACAUCUUUCAAGAAUACGUGACGCUGCAGUGUGAGGAGAAGACUUACGAUUGUUAUGCCAACUUAGCGCUUUUGAAACUGUGAGUUGCCAUCGUCUUUUAUCAUGUUUACUUCUUUGCAUUUUUUGUUGGAGGGGGGGGAAGAAAGUGAGGGGAGAGAGUAGAAGUUCAAUGCUCUCUCUCUCUCUCUAUUCAUAAUCUCGAUAUCUGUCCCCUUGUGAGAGAAAGAGAAAGAAGAAUUAUGUCUAUAUGAUGAAUGAACGUUUAACGUUCCCUAUUACCUGAAACUUUGGAGAAUGAAUCCCUCCAUUUCAUGAAGUUUAUUAUUAGCUCUAUCUGAAAGACAAGAUACAUACCAAUUUUCAAUCCGUUACCAAAAAUUUCAGUUCGAACAUAUAACUAAUGUAUCAACGCAAAACCACAGUUAUCAAUUUAACCCCCACCUCACCAAAGACGAAACCAUAACAAACAUCCUCGUCAAAUCCCUCACCGUUUUCCCCUCCCCAGACUUCAGUCUCGCUCUUCACCUCCUCCCACCCCAUAUCCUCACACCUAUCUCUUCCUCUUCUGCACUCCCCGCCGCAGGCGACGCUCCCCUCUCCGAAGCCGUACAAAAACUCGCCGUCCUCAACACCCUCCUCUCCUCAGCAAACUACAGUCAAUUCUGGUCGACUCUCGACUCCGACGAUUUAUACGCCGAUCUCAUCGCCGACGUAAGCGGUUUUGAGGAACUGAUCCGCAUCCGCAUUGCCUCGACCAUUUCCCAAUCCGUGCGCGAGAUCCCUAGUUCCGAGUUAGAAAAUUGGCUUGGAAUGAAUGGUGAAGCGUUUGAGAAAUUCAUCAAAGAGGUGUGUGGAUGGACUAUAGAAAAUGGCAGUGUCAUUGUGCCAUUAAACAAAGAGAAUGAGGCCAAAGGAACCGUGGUUCGGGAAAAUGUCAAGAUGGAGCAAUUCUCGAGGGUAAUUAGGAGAGCUUAUGAACAACCUGCUUAGGUGCGCGCGGUGCGGUAUUAUGAGGUAUGCUUGUAUGCAAAGGGAUAAUGGGUUGGAGAUUGGCGUUAUAUCACGGUGUCCUUGAGGAACGGGAAAAGAUGCAUACUCUUUAUCUGUUUUGCAUCUCGCUCGAUGGCGACGAUCUCGAGAUGAGUGGCUGGCUACUAGACAUCACAGAGAUAGUAGCAGCGUUGUGAAAUUCUGCUUCAGUUAUGAGCUGCAUGCGAAAUCUUUUGCGAGCAGCCGAAUGAAUGAAAAAAAAGUCAAAGCCCCAAU